ACCAAGCGGGAAGCGGCGGGCUGGUAGUGGUGAAGCGUUUUCAGCAGCAGUCUACUUUUCUUGUGUUAUUUAGCUAGCAAGCAGGUACGCAGGCUAGCUAAAUAAGACUCAAACAUGCCUCGGGAAAUCAUAACGCUCCAGCUUGGACAAUGUGGAAAUCAAAUCGGGUUUGAGUUUUGGAAGCAGCUGUGUGCAGAGCAUGGCAUCAGUCCAGAGGGGAUUGUGGAGGAGUUUGCAACUGAAGGGACAGACAGGAAGGAUGUUUUCUUCUACCAGGCUGACGAUGAGCACUACAUCCCUCGGGCAGUCCUCAUGGAUCUGGAGCCGAGGGUGAUCCACUCCAUCCUCAACUCCCCGUACGCAAACCUUUACAACCCGGAGAACAUCUACCUCUCUGAGCAUGGCGGAGGCGCGGGGAACAACUGGGCUAGUGGAUAUUCACAGGGCAAAAAAAUCCAAGAAGACAUCUUUGACAUCAUUGACCGGGAGGCCGAUGGCAGUGACAGUCUGGAGGGGUUUGUCCUGUGUCACUCCAUCGCUGGGGGGACGGGCUCCGGGCUGGGGUCCUAUCUGCUGGAGAAACUCAACGACAGGUACCCCAAGAAGCUGGUGCAGACUUACUCUGUUUUCCCCAACCAGGACGAGAUGAGCGACGUGGUCGUUCAGCCGUACAACUCGCUGCUCACGCUGAAGAGGCUCACGCAGAACGCAGACUGCGUGGUGGUGUUGGAUAACACGGCUCUAAAUCGCAUCGCCACAGACCGCCUGCACAUCCAGAACCCGUCCUUCUCCCAGAUCAAUCAGCUGGUUUCCACCAUCAUGUCUGCAAGCACAACCACCCUGCGUUACCCGGGCUACAUGAACAACGACCUGAUUGGCCUGAUCGCAUCUCUCAUCCCCACGCCCCGCCUCCACUUCCUCAUGACUGGCUACACACCUCUUACUACUGACCAGUCGGUUGCUAGUGUGAGGAAGACCACAGUGCUGGAUGUGAUGAGGAGGCUUCUGCAACCCAAGAACGUCAUGGUGUCCACGGGGAGAGAGAAGCAGCCGAACCACUGCUACAUCGCCAUCCUGAACAUCAUCCAGGGCGAGGUCGACCCCACACAGGUGCAUAAAAGCCUCCAACGGAUCCGGGAGCGUAAGCUGGCCAGCUUCAUCCCCUGGGGCCCCGCCAGCAUCCAGGUGGCUCUGUCCAGGAAGUCCCCGUACCUGCCCUCUGCCCACAGGGUCAGCGGCCUGAUGAUGGCCAACCACACAAGCAUCGCCUCGCUGUUUGAGCGGACGUGCAAGCAGUACGACAAACUGCGUAAGCGAGAAGCCUUCCUGGAGCAGUUCCGCAAAGAGGACAUAUUCAAGGAGAACUUUGACGAGCUGGACAACUCUCGGGAAGUGGUCCAGCAGCUGAUAGACGAGUACCACGCAGCCACGAGGCCCGACUACAUCUCCUGGGGCGCGCAAGAGCAGUGAACGGACUGACUUGAAUCUCUGAAAUACCAUAGUUGAUUAGCUCAUUUCUUCUCAUUUCUUCUCUUUUCAAACAUGUUCUCCUACAUAUAGGUGUCCCUAAAGAGACAGAUAUUUGGCUAUAGUUGCAUCUCUGAAAUACAUAUUUAUUGGCUUGUUAUAGCAGUAAAUAUAAUGUUUCUGUAUCAAAAUGUAAACAAGAAAACGAGUGGAAACAGCCACUGUAAUUAUAUUAACCAAAAAGUAAAAUCACCUUUUCUGAGCUGGAUCACAUCCUGGAGAUUCUUAAACCUAGUUGAAAUAUAAUAAUCCUUGCCAACAGUCCAGUGAAGUGAAAGUCAACACUCAUUUCUUACAAGUAUGUGCAGAAAACAUUGAUAUGUCUUGUAUAAAAUGAUCUAUAACCGUCUGUUAAUAGUUUUUUCCGUUUUCCUUAUACUCAUAUUUCCCGCCUUGUAGCCUAUUUGGUUUUCAGCAUUGCAAGAACAUGUGUUGCCUUGCUUUGGUCUAUUUUUAUACUGAAUACAGUAUUUUGUGCAGUUGAGUUACAGUAAAACUACCACCCCACACAAAAUGAUUGCCUUGAAUACUGACAGUACGGUUGACAGAAUAUGUUGCAUGAUGGGUAACGCAGGUUCUUGCAUCCCAGACAUUUCUGUCAUCGGGCCGUCAUCUGUUUGCUGCUGAUACACAUUGAUCUUUUUUUACUGCUGUACAAAACCAACAUCAAGUCAAGUUGGGCUUGAGCCAAAAAUGUUAAAAUACAUGCUAUAAAUUAAAUGGCUUUGACAUUUUAACAGCAUUGGCCGAGUACAAUUUGCACAGACGAACAUAGUGUACAACAAUGGAUUUCAUUUCAUCACUUCAUCUCCAUGCUUGUAUAUAUGCUUCAAAGAAUAGCUCAUCACUGACAUUCUCUGUAUUGUCUUAAAUGAAUAUACCGUUUCAUGUUGCUUUGCUUGUUGGACCUGUUUGAAAUGGUUAAUAAAACACGUUUUGUAUUA